GGUCAGAAAAACAAUCACUCUUGUCGGUCGGUCAUCGGACAGCGAAUAUUUUCGUUCUCCGUGGCAGAAAAAUAGUAGAAGCUGUAAGUAAACGGGGAAUUUUUGUUCCAUAGAUUUGCUCUAACAAUACUAGAAACAAACUUUCCACAGAGAUUUGAUAGAACAAUUUCAGCAAAGUGACUCACAAAGGAAAGUUUGCCAGCGAUUACGAUACGAUACGAAACGUCCAGCUCUGCAAAGAGAAAUAGGUACCUACAUCACAACACAACCUUCCUAAUCAGGGGACAAUGCAGAACGUGAUUAAUUCGGUGAAAGGCACCGCUCUCGGUGUGGCAGAAUAUCUUACUCCAGUCCUGAAGGAAUCGAAGUUUCGUGAAACGGGUGUAUUGACACCAGAGGAGUUUGUAGCGGCCGGUGACCAUCUAACUCACCACUGUCCGACAUGGGCCUGGGCGGUUGGAGAUGAUAGCCGGAUAAAACCAUACUUACCUAAAGAUAAACAAUUUCUCAUAACACGAAACGUACCCUGCUAUCGACGAUGUAAACAGAUGGAAUACGUGGGCGAAGAAACUUUGGUGGAAGAGAGUGACCAGGACGGCGGAUGGGUCGAGACCCAUCACUUCAAUCCGGACGAAGGCGCGUCCGGUUCGGGGCUGGAGGAAAAGGUCUGUGAAAUGACACUGGACGGGUCGAAAGUUGACGACGUGGCUGGUGAUAUGGACGAUCCUAGCAACUUCGAGGAUGGCGGCGGGGAUGCUGCGUGCAAUGCUGAUGACGACGACGAUGACGGGGCAGCCAUCGAUAUGGACGAAUUCGAGGAGAGUGGUCUUCUGGACGAGGUGGAUCCGUCAGUAGCUACGGUAGCACCGCCCGAAGUGUCUGCCAAAAAGAACCCAUCGGCAGAAGGGGCUGCUGCCGCCGGUGCCGAGGGUGAUUCUGUAGUUCAUACACGUACCUACGAUUUGCACAUCACAUAUGACAAAUACUACCAAACACCCCGAUUGUGGGUGGUGGGUUACGAUGAGAAUCGCAAACCGCUCACCGUCGAGCAAAUGUACGAGGACGUCAGUCAGGAUCACGCGAAGAAAACCGUAACAAUGGAGGCGCACCCACAUCUACCCGGGCCGAACAUGGCAUCUGUCCAUCCUUGCAAACAUGCUGACAUCAUGAAAAAGAUCAUCCAAACCGUAGAGGAAGGUGGCGGGGAGUUGGGCGUUCACAUGUAUCUAAUCAUUUUCCUUAAAUUUGUCCAAACGGUGAUACCGACCAUAGAAUAUGACUUUACGCAAAACUUCAACAUUGCCAACAAGUAAAUGAAAGAAGGAAGGAAACCUAACAGGCAUUGUUAUUCAACCAUAUAAUAAGAACAUAAAGAUAUUAUAGAAUAUUCAAAUGAACAAGACGCAAGACGCUUUGGCAAAUCAUACCCACACACACACAAAACUAACUGGAAUAAGAAAAUGGAUAUUCCUACAUAGGCUUGCAGAGUUGUGCCCAUGUAUUUUUUUGGAACAGACGUAACGUUUAUCUCACCGAAUGCUUGUUGUGAGGCUAUUGACGAUGUAUCUAUAUGUAAUCUCCUUGAGCGCAUAAUACCCAUAUAGAUUUGGUAAUGCAACGCAAAAACGUGGAAUGGAAUUGGCUUAAUUAGUGCAUGUUUAAAAAUUGGUAACUUUCCUUUAGACAAGCAUUAAAAAAACCAACUCAAAUUCUCCAGACUCUACCUAGAAUGCAUUACGUCCGAGAUGUCGUCGUCGUAAGGCUCGCCUGAAAUUUUGCUUAGAGCGAUCAAUUUUAAAUCAUCUAGAAGAAGCAACAAGUUAUUAAUGUGUAAAGUUUGUUUUCUCGAGCAUAAUAAAAUUAUUUUCGAAUUGUAA